AUGGCAAAAGAAGGUAGCGAAAGCGGCAAUAGCACAGUUGAGGCAGCAGCAAUUGUCGGAGGAUUGGUCACCACCCCAGUAAUCGGAUGGUCUCUUUACACACUUAAGACAACAGGCUGCGGCCUGCCGCCCGGCCCAGGAGGAUCAAUUGGUGCACUUGAGGGAGUGAGUUACCUAGUAGUGGUGGCAAUUGUGGGUUGGUCAUUGUAUACCAAGUCUAAAACUGGUUCAGGUUUGCCUAAUGGUCCAUUUGGAUUGUUGGGAGCUGUUGAAGGGUUGUCAUAUUUGUCAUUGCUUGCCAUUGUAGUGGUGUUUGGCUUGCAGUUUAUUCAGCAGGGUUCUAUUCCUGGGCCACUUCCUAGUGACCAAUGCUUCGGCUGA